CACUUCUCCCCGCUCCCCUCCAUUCCCAAAUUUGUUGCGGCGGGAGAGAGCCGAGAGAGAGACAACGCGCGCAGAAGGCGGCGGCCAUGAGGAUCGAGGAGGUGCAGUCGACGUCGAAGAAGCAGCGCAUCGCCACCCACACCCACAUCAAGGGCCUCGGCCUCGACGCCAAUGGGGCGGCGAUAGGGAUGGCGUCGGGGUUCGUAGGGCAGGCGGCCGCGCGGGAGGCGGCCGGGCUGGUGGUCGACAUGAUCCGCCAGAAGAAGAUGGCCGGCCGGGCGCUGCUCCUCGCGGGCCCACCCGCCACUGGCAAGACGGCGCUCGCGCUCGGUAUCUCCCAGGAGCUCGGCAGCAAGGUCCCUUUCUGUCCUAUGGUAGGAUCAGAAGUUUACUCCUCAGAAGUCAAGAAAACUGAGGUGCUGAUGGAAAAUUUUCGUAGAGCUAUAGGUUUGCGUAUAAAGGAAAAUAAAGAGGUUUACGAAGGAGAGGUUACUGAGCUUUCCCCAGAAGAGUCAGAGAGUACGACAGGUGGAUACGCGAAAAGCAUUAGCCAUGUAAUCAUAGGCCUAAAGACUGUAAAAGGGACUAAGCUACUGAAGUUAGAUCCUUCAAUUUAUGAUGCUUUAAUCAAGGAAAAGGUGGCAGUGGGUGAUGUUAUAUACAUUGAAUCAAAUAGUGGUGCAGUGAAAAGAGUCGGUAGGUGUGAUGCUUUUGCUACAGAAUAUGAUCUUGAAGCUGAAGAGUAUGUUCCAAUUCCGAAAGGGGAAGUCCAUAAGAAAAAGGAAAUAGUACAGGAUGUCACACUUCAUGACCUUGAUGCAGCAAAUGCUCAGCCACAAGGAGGCCAAGAUAUUUUAUCCCUUAUGGGGCAGAUGAUGAAGCCACGGAAGACUGAAAUCACCGAGAAGCUACGCCAAGAAAUUAAUAAAGUGGUUAACAGGUAUAUUGAAGAAGGAGUUGCGGAGCUUGUACCUGGUGUUUUGUUUAUUGAUGAGGUCCACAUGUUGGACAUAGAGUGCUUUUCUUAUCUUAACCGUGCACUAGAGAGCCCAUUAUCACCGAUUGUGAUACUCGCUACGAACAGGGGAAUAUGUAAUGUAAGAGGAACUGAUAUGACAAGUCCACAUGGUAUACCAGUUGAUCUUCUAGAUAGGUUGGUGAUUAUACGGACAGAAACAUAUGGUCCUACCAAGAUGAUCCAGAUACUAGCUAUCCGAGCACAAGUGGAAGAGAUUGACAUUGAUGAAGAAAGUCUUGCUUUUCUAGGAGAGAUGGGACAACAGACAUCUUUGAGACAUGCUAUUCAGCUGCUAUCACCCGCUAGUGUGGUUGCAAAGACUAAUGGGAGAGAAAAGAUCUGCAAGGCUGAUCUUGAGGAAGUCAGUGGACUCUAUUUGGACGCUAAAUCCUCAGCUCGACUGCUCCAGGAGCAACAAGAAAGAUACAUCACCUAGAUUGCUACUGCUGUACAAGUCUCCAAGAAAACCAAGUUAUCGGCUCGAGUCAUUCUCGGUAUGGUUCACAGGUCCAGAGCAUUCUUCGAGGGCACAUUUGGGGAGAUGAUUUCUGUAGUGGCCGCUUUGGGCUUCUAUUAGUCUCCAGAGAACCUCGAUCCCGGCGUAUUAUUUUUUACUGCCCGCUGAUUAGGUUGUGCAAGAAUUAUCGUGUAUUCUUACCCUUGCUUAUUAAUGUCCAAAUUCAGUGUGCCCUUGGACGAACAAUUUACCCUCCUGGGUCAUUACAGAAUCUUUCGGACAUGGA